GACGUCAAGCCCCUCAAGGGCCAAGAAGGUACGCAUACACCCAGCCACGCGCACGCGCACGCACGUCGCACGCAUCUCACGCCCCGCCCCGCCCCAGCGGAAGACCGCGUGCUCGAAUACAUCAAACGAAUGAACCGCCCCUUCGGCGCCGUCGACGUCUCCGCCAACCUCAAAGGCGCAGUCCCCAAGACCGCAACGCAGAAGAUCCUGCUCGCGCUCGCGGACAAGGGCGCCGUGAAGCAGAAAGCCUACGGCAAAACGACGUUCUUCGUCGCGAACCAAGACAGCGUCGACGCCGUCCCGAGCUCCAAACUCGCCGCGCUAGAGGCCGACUGCGGCGCGCUCGAGGACGCCAACAAGGCGCUCGCCGCGCAACUCAAGACCCUGUCCGCCGGGCUCGCGAAGAUCCGCAGCGCGCCCACCGACGACGAGCUCCUGCGCGCGCGCCUGGCGCCGCUGCGCGCUGGCACGCCGCUCGUCUCCGCCGACGAGCUCGCGCGGCUCGACGCGGACUGGGUUAGGUGGCGGAGCGAGUGGGCGGCGCGGAAAAGGGUGUUCGCCACGUUCUGGGCGCUGGUCUCGGACGCGCUGACUCCGCAAGACGCGAGGGAGCUCGCUGAGGAUCUGGGGAUCGAGUACGACACCGCCGAGCACGACGCCGUGGAGCGGGGCGCGCUGUGU